AUGACUUCUCGACGGAAGGGAGUGUAUAGUUGCGUCGAAGACGACGUGCAGUACGGCGCUCCACCGCCGAGGAGAGCUAAGAAUCUGACCAGUCUCAGGAUCCACGCUCAGCUUAUGGGUGACGGGACUGCAGAAUCCUCUCGUUCAUCUCUUUCUUCUACAAAAUCUGGAAUCAUGGACUGUAAAGAAGUGGUGGGUGUAUCCAUUGAGGGAGAUGCGGAAACCACUUCGAAUGUCUGCGCCAUAUGUCUUAUGCCGGGAACCGAUCCAGCGUUGCUCAAUAAGUGCUCUUAUUCGUGUCGCUCCACUUGUACCUCGCAAUGGUUAAAACGGGCUGAAAAAUGUCCAUUGUGUAUGACACCAGUUAGCUCAUUUUCGCAUAACUUAGAUCUUCCACCACGUUUGCUUCCAGUGGUAUUGGUUGCUGAUUUGCUUGCAGUAGCUGAAGUAGCUCGAUUAGUUGAGAGGGGAGGUCUUUGCAUCUCUGACCGAACAGGAGUAGCACAAGCUCUCGAGUUGAUCAUUCUUCAUAACUUGCCAGUGCUAGUAUAUGUCUUAUCAAUGAAAUUGGCGUGCUUGAAAUGCUCGAGCGAGAUUCCACAACAAGUGUUGGCGAAGACGAUCGCUCAAGAGAUGACGAACGCAGUUGGUCAAAUGAUGACGAAGACGGCAGUUCUAGAGAGCUUAGACGGACCUUAUAUUUGCAUUUCGACGCUUUGUUUAGGAUUGAACGAUAUUGAUAGAGGUGGUCGUCCUGACUUGCAUCAUGGAGUGGACAGAUGGACAGAUAUUCAAUGGACAGAUGAAUGGUGCGAUAAUUCCAGAGUGUUGAUAUCGCUUUGA